CUUCAACUCUACUCACACACGCAUCAUUCGACCCCAGUCCAUGCACGCAACAAGUCGCAUCAAAUCAUAACACACGCACCUCGCAACGGUCACUCUACACGCGCCUAGACACAACCAAGUGACCCACAAUCCCCCCCAAUCAUGAUCAUACCUCCCGAAAAUCAAGAUGAGCGCACAACCACCUACCGCCUCAAGCGCGGCUCAAAGCUAGUCGACAUGCCACCAUUACCCCCGCAGUCGGCCGUUCCCCCACUGUCUUCCUUUGACGGCCCGUUCCAGCUCGCGGAGUACCUUUCCCUCAAGGUCCGCCAUGACCCACACGAUGUCAAGGGCCUCGUCGACGUGCCGACCGACAACUCGAAAGCUGCCGAUCGCCAUGUCUGGCUUUACGAGCACCUCCGCCGGAUACCCAUUGAUGUGACGCCACUCAUGACUCAACUCUUGCAGCUGUGUAGCCGCGAGUCAUGCCCCGAGAUGAAGGCGGAUGAGUGGCAGUACUUGUGUGUCGCCCACGGCGGCGAAGGUACCGACCGCUGCUGCGCAAUCGACUACAUUCUCCACACCCUCGACUCUACCACUGCCCUCCUCAACUCAUCAAAUUACUUUCCUUCCCGCUUGCAGAUUCCGCACGCCUCUCUCGCCCACUUCCCAUCACUGUUUCGCCGCCUGUCCCGCAUCUUCUCGCACGCCUACUUCCACCACCGUGAGGCGUUUGCGACAUCGGAAGCCGAGACUUCGCUGUAUGCUCGGUUCGUCGCCCUGUGCCAACGCUAUGAGCUUGUCGGUCAAAGCCUUCUGAUUAUCCCUCCGGAGGGCUACGAGGUUGUUUCAGGGAACGAGGAUGAGGAAGACGAGGACGAGGAGGAUGACCGCGAUGCCGAGGAGCACGACGUGGCGGAGCAUGACUCGGACGAGGAGGCUCAGGAGGCCGCCGACGGUACCGAGCCCAGUCUAGACGACAACUCGCCUCCCCGUGGAAGGGAGUUUGAGGGUGUCGCCGGCCGAUCCCAUUCGCUGGACCGCCACCCAGUGACUCUGCAGUCGCCUGGAAAGUGGACCACAGGUUCGCCCGUGCAGCCUGCCAACAAGGGCAAGCCAGCCCCGGCCCAAGCUUCCGACGUCUUGAGUCCCCCUAGCGGACAUGUCAGCCUGAACGGCCUGGACGAGGCCGUUGUUCCUCCCACUACCCAGACCAAGGGCCGCAACACGUUAAGUCGAGGCAAGACUCCCCGUGCGACGACCGUGUGGACGAUUGGUGGAGCGGGAUCUUCGCCACCAAAGGCCGACCCGAUUCCCGAGACGGCAUUGUCCAGGACCGAGAGCAUUGACACGAUCGUUCACAUCGGCCCCGAGGGUGACGAUGAGGACGUGGCGGCAGCCGCGGCCGACGAGGCAAGUACGACUGGCCAGGAUUCGCCUGCAUCGCGCAGCCCCACCAAGUCGGCCAGCCCGCCCAAGGACGACAGCAGAUCACUCAUGGCUCAGGCAAUCAGGGCACGAUCCGAGACCGCCAGUCUCACAUCAGCUGGCCGCCGUGCACCUUCGCCUGCCAAGGGCGCCUCCACCCCACCCGCAUUGGACACCAUCACUGUCUUGGCCGUCAAGACCGAGGAAGCGACGACUGCGACUUCAACAUUGUUGCCGGUUGCCGACUCCGCGACUACAACCCUCCCUCCUCUCCCGGAGACUGCGCCGUGCCCGCCUGCACCGGCUCUCGAGGAGGACGCCGGCUCGAUUGUGGCCCAGGAUGUUCCUGAACAGCCCAAGCCCUCAGACUCUGAGUGGCUCUCGCCAAAGACGCAGCCUGUGCCUCUGGGCAGCUCCCCCAGCAAGGCCCCUCUCCUGGGAUCGUUCAAGCCGCGCGCCAGGUCGGGCUCCAACACGGCCUUCUCACCUACCAAGUCACCGACGUCUUUACCUCCGUCGCUGCCUCCGAUCGCAGUGGACGACUCUUCGCCAUUGCUGCCAGACGAGAAGCUCGGGUCGAACGCUCUUGAGCUGCCGGUCCCUCCCGCCGUGUCCGCGAGCCCAAAGUCUGAGCUCUUAUCCGUCUCCCCCGCGACCAAGGCCAAGCCCAAGAACGGCAAGGGCAAGCCGCGGAGCCCGGCAAAGGUCAACAACAAGACGACCCAGGCCAAGGCUGCUGCCGCCGGUGACGAGAACCGCCUGUCUGUCGAGGCGUCCGACUAGACGAACGAAACAGUGUAAUGGGAAGAGUUUGAGAAUACAGAUACUACCUUGUACUACUACGCACGGCUGUGCCUUUCGAGACCACUUCAUUUCCGCGCAUAUGCAAGAGAAUCAAAAUGACAUGACA